AUGACACCCUCUACAAUUACGAAACAUAACGACGUCACUGGUACAUCAUCAUCACCAUCAUCACUAUUAUUCCCACUGCCGGAAUCACCAACGUUCACCAAUACCAUCGCGCAAUAUAUUGGAACUACUAAGUUUGAGCCUGACCCACUCAUCUCAUCAAUUCUACUGACAGGCGGUUUAGGGUUCAUUCCUUCAUGGCUGGUUCGACACUUGGUUUUUACGUACCCAGAGUACCAAGUCGUGUGCAUCGAUAACUGCGGCUAUUGCUCUUCUUUAAACAAUAUUAAUGAGUGCAGUACCCAGCCCAAUUUUGUUUAUGAGUACUGCGACGUCACAAACCGUGAGGAGGUGCUGAGGAUUAUGCGGAAACACAAGGUGGAUGCCGUCAUUCAUAUGGCUGCAGAAAGCCAUGUGGAUCAUUCGUUUGGGGAUCCAAACAGAUUUACUCGUACCAAUGUUAUUGGAACACAAACCAUUCUAGAAGCUACCAAAAUUAUAAAUGAGGAAGUGGCGGCUUCUCCAGAUUCUGGACGUAGACACAUUUGCAAAUUUAUUCACAUGUCUACAGAUGAAGUGUAUGGUGAGGCCGUGGGAUCCGAUGAAGAUUUGCUCGAGAGUGCUAUUUUGGUUCCUACAAAUCCGUAUGCUGCGUCAAAAGCUGCUGGGGAUAUGUAUGUGAGUGCUUAUCUUAAGAGUUUUGGGGUUCCAGCCAUUAUUGUACGUUGCAACAACAUUUACGGACCUAUGCAGUUCCCUGAAAAGAUCAUUCCUCGCUUCAUCCGCUUGUUACAGCAAGGCAAAAAGUGCUCGCUUCAUGGAGAUGGCUCUAAUCUUCGUCGCUAUCUUUAUGUGGUUGAUGCUGUUAACGCAUUAGAUACUAUUUUACAUCAUGGUAUUGUGGGCAAGAUUUAUAAUGCCGGCUCUGAUAACGAGCUUACAAAUACAGAAGUCGCUAGGGUUCUUCUCAUCAAAUUUGGGAAACUGUCACCCCAAAGUACUAAACAAGACAUGUUACCGUUUAUAGAAUUCACUAAAGAUCGGCCAUUUAAUGAUGCACGAUAUGCCAUCGACUCCACUAGACUUCGGAAACUGGGCUGGAUGCCUACGGUAGACUUUAAUACAGGAAUCCAGUUGACUAUAGAUUGGUACAACCAAAACACCGAUGCAUGGUGGGAAGCUUAA